AUGAUGGCGACAGAGGUUCAGAGCGGCGACCUCGAUAGUGCCACUUCCAGCCGUCUCGAAGUGUCCAUCGAUGGCCUCACACUCAGCCCCGAUCCUGAAGGCGAGCAGACCCAGGCCGAAGAGCCGGAGCCCGGGCAUGUACCUCCUGACAGCGUUGAGGCGGACUCCGCUGAAGACGAGGAUGGAGAGACGGCCAGAUCUGCCAUAGAGAAGAAAUGGGGCUUUCAACUACACGAGCUGUACGGGAUGGCUCUCAAAUUUUUUAAAGAUAAGGACGGUAAAGCUUUCCAUCCAACAUAUGAGGAGAAACUUCGCCUUGUUGCUCUACAUAAACAGGUGUUAUUGGGUCCCUACAAUCCUGAUGCAACCCCUGAGGUUGGCUUCUUUGAUGUCCUGGGAAAUGACAGGAGAAAAGAAUGGGCAUCUUUGGGUAAUAUGGAAAAAGAGGAGGCUAUGGUGGAAUUUGUGAGAAUGCUGAACAAAUGUUGUACCCUCUUUGCUCCAUACGUCAUCUCACACAAGAUUGAGCGAGAGGAACAGGAAAGGAAGAGAAAAGAAGAGGAGGAACGGCAGCGACAGGAGGAAGAGGAGUUUGAAAGACGGCGGCAGGAAGAGGAGAAGCGAAGAAUUGAGGAGGAAGAAAGGCUCAGGAGAGAGGAGGAGGAGCGACAACAAGCUGAGGAUGAGAGGCUACGGGUGGAACAGCAGAAACAACAGAUAAUGGCGGCCCUAAACGCGCAGACGGCAGUGCAGUUUCAACAGUAUGCUGCUCAGCAGUAUCCCAACAGUCCAGAGCAGCAGAUGAGCCUCAUCAGGCAGCUCCAGGAGCAACACUAUCAGCAGUACAUGCAGCAGUUAUACCAGGUCCAGCUGGCCCAGCAACAAGCAGCUUUACAGAAGCAGCAGCAGCUACAGCAUCCUGAUUCAGUGCAGGCUCCUCUAGAAGCAAACAGCUUUAACAAUGGUGAUCAUGUGGCAGCCUCGUCACCUUGUACUGUGGAAGAGGUCCCCACGCUCAACGGAGGCCAGUCGGACUCUUAUUCAGAAAGCAUGGACCGGGAACCUGAGCCUGAACCGGCAGAAGAGGUUUCAGAAAACGGACCAAUAAUAGCAGCGGACUCUCCACCCAUCAUAGCAGCUCCAUCCAUGUGGACAAGGCCGCAAAUCAAAGAUUUUAAAGAGAAGAUCCGACAGGAUGCAGACAGUGUGAUCACCGUGGGUCGUGGAGAAGUAGUGACAGUGCGUGUUCCCACUCAUGAAGAAGGAUCUUACCUGUUCUGGGAGUUUGCUACAGACUAUUAUGACAUUGGCUUUGGAGUAUUCUUUGAGUGGACAGAUGCUGCCUCUGCCUCCGUCAGUGUGCAUGUGUCAGAGUCCAGUGAUGAAGAUGAAGAAGAAGAAGGUGGCGAGCCUUCAAAUGAAGAGGAAAAGACAAAGAAGGAUACGGGAAAGCCCCAAGUGGAUGAGAUAGUGCCAGUGUAUCGGCGAGACUGUCAUGAGGAAGUGUACGCGGGGAGUCAUCAAUACCCAGGUCGUGGAGUCUACCUGCUCAAGUUUGACAACUCGUAUUCCCUUUGGCGCUCCAAGAGCGUGUACUACAGAGUCUACUACACCAGAUAA